AAACUUCUGGCCCUGCCCCCACAUGCCACAGCAUGGGGCUCACCCGGGACUGAUGACAGCUCUCCCAAGCCAGGUGGUCCUGAGGAUACCGAUCCGAUCCGCACUUGGUGAGGAUGCAGGCCUGUGUGCUGUGGUGGCUGGCCCUUGGCAUUCUGCUGGCGAUUCCUGCAGGAGCCAAGCCAAUGCCGGAGGAAGCAGAUCCUUACGCGCAGCCACCAGCCAUGCCCUACUGGCCUUUCUCCACCUCUGACUUCUGGAACUACGUGCAAUAUUUCCAGACCCAGGGCGCCUACCCACAGAUCGAGGACAUGGCCAGAACGUUCUUUGCACACUUCCCUCUGGGGAGCACCCUGGGCUUCCAUGUUCCCUACCAGGAGGACUGAGCACUGUCUGUCCGCUGCCUGC